AUGAAAUAAUUAGAGAUGAAUGGUACUUACUUGCUUUCUCCAAAACAAUAAAAUAUAUGGAAUAUUUUCCAAAGAGAUCAUUCAAUUGCCAUUUUUUUUUGUUUUUAAUUAACUAUAAACGCACUCAUGAUCGUUUAAUAUGACUCAUAACUCAUAUUUACAAUUACUGUUUGUAUUCUAAAUACCAUUUUUGCUGUUACAACAUAAAUGAUUGCACUUACUAAUAAAACUCUACUAUUUAAGAAAAUAUGUAUAUUUAUAAGUAGGCUCUCUACAUUAUUAAUGAUAGCAUUACUAGACAUUUAAUUGAAGAGUGCUUUAAUUAUGUUAUUGCAUACCUUUGAAGUAUAAGAAGUUGAUAAAAAGUACUUUCGAUACUUUGAAAUAAUUGCAACUAGAGCAAUUACAUUAUUUAUCAUGAUAAUCAAUUUCGAUUUAAUAUCAAUCAUUUCUGUAUCCUUCUAAUUUUUAUUGGAACUGAAUAGAUUAUCUCAAGUCAAACAAAUAUAACAAUAUAGUUAAAAAUAAUAAACACCAUUAGCUUAAAGUUUAAUUUCUUAAUAAGAAUAAGAUAAUUUGUGGAAAAAUAGAAUUUAAAUGAUUCCUGUAUCAUUUGUAAUGAUAAAUUCAAGAACUCAAAAAAUCAAUUUCAAAAAUAAAACUGCACAUUAAUUCUUUUCAUUAUUUUGUGAAAAUGAUUAAGAAUUUGAGGAUCUUCUUCUCCGUAAGUUAUAAUUUAAUUUAGUCUAAGAUAAUAUAGAUUAAAUUUGUCAAUCCUUUUCGUAUUUAAAAAUUCGUUAAAGAUUAAGAAGCAAAUAAAAUCGUUUCUUUUAAUAAGAGAAUCAAAAUUGUCCUACACCAGCACCAAUUUCAGGAUCCUCAGGAUUAUAAUGUAUAUCUUCAAGAUAGGCAGAUUCAUUGGAACAUAAUACACUUAAAUUUACAUUAGCUGAAAUCAUAUCAAAUCUUUCUGAAGGUCUUUUUUAAGAAUAUAUAAUAAAUAAUUCAUUAGAAUUAUUAUGUCAUUAAAAUUAUUAAGGACUUGUAGAGAAUGCAAAUACAAAUCAUACUCAAUAGAAGAAAUUCUAAUUAUCUGGUUCUAUUUUAACUAAUUAAUAAAAUGAAGAAAUAAUACUUUUAUUAAAUGAUAUAUCCAAAUAAAAUGAAUUAUAAUAAUUAAUAUCAGAAGAUGAAUUUAAAUCUAAAGUAAAUAUAUAUAUUCAUUUUUAUAUUUUAGAUUUUAGAAUCAUUUUCACAUGAAUUAAGAACCCCAUUAAAUGGAGCCAUCAAUUUUUUAUCAGCUUUUUUAUAAGAUUCUGAUGAUUCAGAAAGAAUUAAAAAUAAAUAUAUAGUUCCAGCAAUAAAUUCUCUUAAAAUUUAAUCAUAUUUAAUAAGUGAUAUUAUUGAUUUUACAUCUUCAAGUACAAAUAAUUUAGAAUUAUUAAUUAAAGAAUUUUCAAUGAGAGAAUUAAUUAAUGAAAUUACUUCAUUAUUUACUAUGUAAUUUACUGAAAAACAACUUGAAUUUAGAGUAGAUUUAAUGGAUUGUUGUACUACUACAGUAACAAGUGAUUAUACUAAACUAAUGUAAAUUUUAGUGAAUUUAUUACAAAAUUCUAUCAAAUUCUCAACUGAAGGAUUGAUUGUCUUGAAAAUCUAAUCUCAUACUAAAGAUAUUCUGAAAUUUACAGUUACUGAUAUGGGAUAAGGUGUUUCAUCUAUAAAUAUAACAUAGAUUUAAUCAUAUUUAAAUAAUUUGAAGAAUCAAAAAGAGAUAUAAUUAAAUAAAACUUGGUAAGGAUUUGGAUUAUUGAUUUCAGCUAUGUUAGUUUCUAAAUUAGGACCAUCUGAUAAGAGUACAAUUAAAUUUGAAUCUGAUGGUAUCAAUAUGGGUUCAAAAGUAUCUUUUUUUAUUAGGAAUUUAUAAGCUAAAUUUAAUAGUGUUAAAUAACCUACAAUUAGAUAAAAUACAUAAAGAUUUUAAAGUUCUGUUCAUUUAACUUCAUCACUUAAUAAUUUAAAUGGUACAAUAAUAUAAACAACAGAUUAAGGAAUGAAAAAUAUUUCAAAAUAAUAAAAAACUAAACUUUGUUCAUAGAGAUCAAAUGAUAAUUCAAUGUUUAGUGAAAGUGUUGUAUAUGAUUCAUUAGAUUAAAAAUUUGGUUUAUUAUAUCCUGUUUAACCAUCUUUAAUUACUGAUAUAAUAAGUAGUUCCCCUUAAAAAGUAAUUGAAAGAAGACAUUUUAGUAAGAAUGAAAAUUCAUCAUAAAGAUCUAAUAAUUCAAAAAUACUUAGCAUUUAAUUUAUAAAAUAAGCAGAAGAAUAAGAGGAUGAAGAAUUACUUUAAACAUAUAAAAGAAGAAAAAAAUGUUAAUGUCAAAAAAUUAUGUCUGUUGAUGAUGAAAUAUUCAAUUAAAAAUCAAUAUAAAUGUUAUUAUGUAAAUUAGGAUUUGAAGUAAUUUUGGUAAAAAAUAUUAUUUUUUAUCUUAGGCUUUUAAUGGACAAUAAGCAUGUGUUGAUAUUUUAAAUAUUAAAAAAUGUAGUAAAAAAUGUACAUUAUUAACUCUCAUCUUAAUGGAUUAUUAGAUGCCUAUUCUUAAUGGAUGUCAAGCCACAGAGAAAUUAAUUAAGAUGAUGAAUGACAAUAUUAUACCUAGAAUUCAUAUUGUUGGUUUAACUGCAUUUACUAAUUCAAAUGAUAUUGAAAAUUGUUUAAAAGCAGGAAUGAGCGAUGUGUUACAUAAACCACUUAAUCUAAAAGAAUUUAAAGAAAUUCUCACUUUAAUUUGA